AUGUACCAGACUGCUACUCGCUACCAAGCUCCUCCCCGCAUGUUCCUGGAGCAGCCUGCGCACAGCCUGCGCACGCAGAUGCCUGCCUACCCCUACACCAAGCCCGCGUACAACGCACCGGCUCCCAUGGUCCUGCCCCCCAUCAUGCACGCAAAUGAGCACUCUCCCUCCCCCUGCUACUCGCCGGGCGCCUCCGACGCUACAGUAGUGGACUACGCCAACUCCCCCUCCCCCGCCCUUUCCUCCAAGGCCACCUCGCCGGCGCCCCUGGCGGCCCUGGCCGCAGCCGCUGCUACCAAGCAGGCUGAGGGCCCCGUGCGCCGCCGGCGUGGCGGACGCGGCUCGCGCUCCAUCUACACAGCCGAGGAGAAGGAGAUGCGUCGCAAGAUUUCGCACUCAGCCAUUGAGAAGCGCCGCCGCGAGCGCACCAACACGGUGCUCAAGGACCUGCAGGAGAUGGUGCCGUGGCUCAGCAAGAGCAACAAGGUGCAGAAGCUUGAGAUUCUCGAGGCCGCGGCCCAGUACAUCAAGGAGCUGCGCUCGAGCCAGGGCAGCGACUACAAGGGCUCGCCUGUGUCAUCGGCUGAUACGCGCUUUGAUGGCGAGGAGGACAUUGAGAUCGAGAGCAACAAUGGCCAGAGCGCCAUGAAGCUCAACUUCCUCCUGUCCUAAGUGCCUGCGCCUGCCCCUCCCUGCCCUCGCCCUGUACCAUCACCAACCUCCCCUGCCUUCGCUGCCGCUCGCCUUUUCUUCAAUUUUUGUAUAUUAUAAGAAAUCUUUUUUCCUACUCUUUGAACCGA